CCAGCGUCCUUUUUUUCCGAUGGCCUUCUCCAGCCGCCAUGGCGGCGCGAACAUGGGCCCUCGCCCUUUGGGCUGCGGCGCCGAUCAGCGCGUUGAAUCUCUUCGCGGAGCCGCUGGCCAUCGAAGCGAGCGCGGAGGUGCCGGUGGCGGUGUCCUUUACCACCGGCUCGCACCCCUUGUACGGCGUGCCUUACCAGGACGAUGACUCCACCAGGAUGAUGGUCUCUUUGGGCUUCGAGGUGCUUUGCCAGCCGGCCAUCGAGCUGUGCGAGUACUUCCAGCUGGGCCUCGGGGGGUGCGCGUGGCUCUUGGAGGCACCCCGGCUGCCUCCGGUGGCACGCUGCGUCACGCAGCCCGGGGUUUUGACGCUGGAGCUGGCGGGCACUCUAGAGAGCAACACUCGCUACGACCUGCUGGUGCUGGGGGUCUCCCCGCCGCCCAAGCGGAUCCUCAGCUUCCGGCUCCGCAUCCUGGCGCCAGCUGCGUACGUGGACGUGACGCAGCUGCCCGCGCUCGAGGAGGAGACUUUGCAAUUUGUGCCUGAGCUGGUCACGCGGCUUCCAGACGCCCGGAUCGCCGGGCUGCGGCACCUGGGCACGGUGCCAGUGCCGGGAGACCGCGCGCAGUUCAGCUUCUCCGUCACGGCGGACCUCGGGGCGGGCUCCGAGAUCCGUAUCUUCACAUCGCCCUUCUUCCAGGAGGGCAUCUCCUCCACUGAGCACUGCCAGGGGUUCAACACGGUGGGGUUUGCCCAGCCACUCCGUGGUACCUGCCUCGUGGAAGCGCUGCCGGAGGACCGCGGGGCCAACGCGCUGCUGCUGCGCCUGGACAGCGGCAUCGCCUCCGCCGUCUCCUCCUCCGCGCAGUUCCGGGUCACGCUGCGCCGGCCGCGAGGCCGGGGCUCAGUUGGCCGAUGGUUUGCGGCCUCCCGCACGGCCACGGGCGUUGGCUUCGACAAGAUCUUGGGCGCCGGCCCCUUCUUCCUGGCGCCGCCGCUGGAGGUCAUCUCCGACCUGCAGGCGGACAGCUCCUUCGGGGCCCGCCAGUCGCUGCAGCUGACCAUCUUCCCAAACGCGGACAUCCUGGGCAGCUCGGCUCCGCCGGCGCUGCGGGUGGUGCCGCCCAGCUUGCACCGGCUCAGCAGCUGCUCCGUGGCUGCGCCGCGGCCGGACGCGCAGCUCACGGGGCCAUCUUUGGAUGACGCCUACUGCGAGCUCCUCUUCAAGGAGAAUCAGAACCUCUACGCCCAUCAGUCGGUCGCCGUAACGGUGGAAGUCACCAACCCCCUGCACGCCCUGCCGGCGGAAAUGUGGCAGGUGGUCUUCGAAAGCUCCGCGGGGGCGGUGACGGCGCUGUGGGAGGGGUGGCCCGUGUACCCCUCGCUGCAGCAGGUCUUCCUAUCCCCGCUGACGUUGGAGGUGGCGCAGUGGAACGAGAUUCAGAUCUUCUUCAAGCCCCGCUCCGGCACCGCGGCGGAGGCGCGGGCGCUGGUCACGGCGCCCGAGGGCUUCGCCUUCGAUCUCCCCUGCGGGCUGGAUGUCAUUGCUGGCUUCCCGGACCCAGGCGUCACCUGCGCGAACCCCCUGUCCAGCCUGGGCCACAACUUGUUCGCCCUCCAGCUGCCCAUGUCGGUUGGCUUUCUGCCGGAGGUCUUCUAUGCGGCCAACCUCUUCCCGCUGCGGAACCCCUCCCCCAGCUUUCAGGGUACCCUGGACGACCUCCAGUGGAGGAUCGAUCUGCUUUCCCUCGCAGGGGCCGUGCUGGAGACGUCGAGGAACAUCCCGAUGGGGCCCUAUCUGCAGGGCUUCAGGGUCUACCAGCGGACCGUCUUGGACGGCCUGGUGCAGCCCUCUCAGCGCUUGCCGAGCGCACGGACCACCGUUGUCCUCAGCUUUCGGCUCACAGCAGACAUCACCUCCCACGGCACCCGGCUGCGCAUGACGGCGCCCUACGGCUACCGCUGGGUCAUUGGAGGAGCUCCGACCGCAGAGGCCGCGGAGUCUCCAGUGAACCUUGCGAGCAUUGUGUACGACCCGAUCUAUGCGCCGGUCUCCGAGCCCAAGAAUCAGCUGGAGCUGUCACUGGUGAAUCCCUCCAUCCUCGCCGGCACGGACAUAAAGGUGACUGGUGAGAUUUGGAACGCGGCCGUGGACCCGGAACUGCACCCGGACCUGCGCAGCGCCAACGUGUGGAUGCUGGAGAUUUAUGAAGCUGGCGCUGGGUACCUGGAAUACCAGUACCGUUAUCAGGGUGCUCUGAUUCCAGGCUAUGAGCUGCAGGCCAUCACCGCCGCCAGCAUCUCCGCCUGGCUUCCGCUGUUUUCUGCGGCCCCGCGCCCGGUGAUGGUCACCUUUCGCCUGGGUACUUCACUGGCGGGCGGCGCGGGACGGGGCGGCAGCGGCGGCCUGGAGCUGGUGGCUCCGCAGGGCUUCCACUUCCCGCAGGAGUGCAGGGUGGAUCGCAUCUCUCCUUUACACCUGGAGAUCGAUGGCUACAACUGGCUUCCGCCCGGCGCACUUGCUGAGUGCCGGGGCAUCAACGAGACGGGUCUCAACAGUUCGGAGGACAUUUCGGUGGCUUCGGUGCAACUCGCGCUCGGGGCUGUCCUGCAGAAGCGGCUGAUCUAUGCCAUCUACUUGGAGGUGCACAUGCCCGACACCUUCCCAGUGGACAACUCCUGGCGCUUGCGCACCGUCCGAGCGGAGAUCGGACCCACAGAGGAGGUGGAGAUUUCUGGCUUCCGCCCGGCGGGGCGCUUUCUGUCGGCCACGUACCACCCGGGCACCCAGAGCACCGGGGAGGACCUGCGCAGCGGCGCCGCGGACAAUCGGGUGAUCUUCUCCUUCCAGGCCUCCACUUCUGUGCCGAUCAACGGGGAGCUGCGCAUCACCGCGCCCUACCGCUUCACCUUCGCCAAGAACUGCCUCCACUCGGUGCAUGCAGCGGCGGCCUUGUUAGCGCAGCUGGAGGGCGCCGAUAUCUACCAGGACCUGCCCUCCUUGCGCUCGUGCCUGGGGCUGCAGAACGUUGCCAGGCUGGUGCUGUCAGAGCCACUGGACGCGGCCAUCCGGUACAGCGUCCGCCUGGGCGUGGCGAACCCGGUGAUGCCACACCCGGGCGAGUGGCCGCUGGCGCAGGAUCUCUGGCGAUUCGAGAGCUUCGAGCCGCUGGGGAUCCUCGACGCCGCGGAGGUCCAGGCCUUCUUCCUGUGGUCCUUCCAGCGGGCGAGCCUGGUGCCUUUAGUGCUGGGCGCCGGCGAGCAAGGGUCGGUGAGCAUCGAGGUCUCGCCCUCCCUGACGCUGCCCCCAAAGGCCUCGUUGCUGAUCACCGCGCCCCAGGGCUACGUGCUGCCGACGCCCUGUGAAGGUUUCGAGCCCGACACCGGGCAGCAGGUCAGCUUGCCGGAGACCACGGCCUGCAUGCGAGGCUUCGGGGGCCUCAACGUGAUCCAGCUGCAGCUGGACGACUUCUCGUACCUCGCCGCGGGGGUAAUCUUCCGCUUCCAGCUGGGCGUCAUCAACCCCCCGGAGGCCCGGGACAUGGAGUACUGGACCAUCGCCUCCACCGAGCAGACGGAGCUAGGUGAGACGUACCUCGAGCAGAAUCCGGCUGUCACAGGGUAUCCGGUGCAUCUGCGGCUGGCCUCCUUCGGUGUGGUCCCCAGCAGCAGCAACGCGGCCAAGGCCUCCACGGUGCGAUUCGAGUUCUCGCUCCCCGAAGAGCUCGGGGUGUUCCAGGUGGUCUCCAGCACCGAGGCAAGCUUUAUCGUGGUCGACAUGCCGCCGUUCUUCACGGUGCCGGUGGUGGGAGAGAACUCCACGACGCCCUUCACGGCCGACUUCGAGGCGGUGAACAUCCUGCGCAUGAAGCCGUGCGCCGCCUUCGCACGCCUCGCGCCGGAGCAGUCCUUCCCCACCCAGGCGGACGCCUGCAUCUCCGAGCCGGGCUCGAACAGCUUCCGCCUGCGCCUGGAGAGCAAGCUGGAUGUAGGACCGAACUACGUCUUUUCGGUGCAGGUCUUCAACCCAGCGCUCACUGCCUUGCGACAGCAGCAGAUCACCCAGGCCAACUUCUGGCAGCUGCGCCUGGCGCGGCACCUCGACGGGUUGGACUCGACGCUGGCCGGGCGCAGCGCGGCGGGCGCGCAGCUGCGGCCGCUGCUGCAGGAGUGCACCGUCGAAGCGGACCCCCCACUGCCCACGAACUUCGUCACCACGGUGCGAAUCAGCUUCCGCCCGGUGACGCCGUUGGCCUCCGCGAACGGCGACCGACUGGUGCUGCAUCCGCCGGCCUCGGUGGUGCCGUCGGUGGAAGGCUGCAGCCUCACGGUGGAUGCCUUGCCGGUGGCUUUGGCCUGCGAGGUGGCCGGCUCCGAGAUGGUGCUCCGACUGCAGGGUACGGCCGUGGUGCCCGGGGACAGCCGCGUCCAGGUGGAGAUCGAGGCGAACACUGGGCCGCUGCCGCUCAGCGGGAGCGAUGCUUCGAACUCGUGGGACGUGAUGACGCAGGGAGUGUCAGGCACCUGGGAUGAGGCUCCACGGGUGCCAGGCUUUACCAUUUUCCCGCAGCUGCUGGACGCGGUGGUGAUCCCCAAGGACGUGUCCUCCAUGUCCUUUGUGAACCACGCCGACUUCGCUUUCCGCUCCCCCGUGGCUGUGCCUCCUGGGUGCUCACUGCGGAUUUCCGCGCCUGAGAGCUUCCGCCUCUACGCGCGCACCUUCGCGGCGGGGACGGGACUGCCGGUGGAAGCGCCGGCGCAGCAGGUGGCGGAGGGGGAGGUGCAGGUGGCGCUGGGCACGUUGCAGCUGCAGUUGGCGAGCUUCAAGUUAACCAUCGGCAACCCCGCGGUGAGCCCCCCCGUGAAUCGCUGGACGUUGGAGUUGCGGACCCUGCAGAAUGCGACCUUGGCCCUGGACCGCGGCAUCGAAGGUUUCGCGGUGCGGUCCAGCUUCAACUUCUCCGUCCUCGAUUCCGAGGUGGACGAGCCUCUGGCUGAAAACUAUGUGCACUUGGCCGUGGCAGUGGCCGAGACCUUGUACGCUGACAGCUUCGGCCAAAGCCGGCAGUGCACGUCCCAAGACAAGCUGUGCGUGUACGCCACGUGGCUGGAGGUGCUGGCCCCCGAGGGCUUCGCCUUCCAGGCCACCUGCGGCUACUGGGCGCUGGCGCGCCCCGGCGGCCGCUUCCGGGGCCUGCCCCCAGGCAGCCUCUGUGUGGCCGACACGCAAAAGCCCAACAUUGCCAGGGUGCGCCUAUCCUUGAGCUUGAGCGCCUUCACCAUCUAUGAGUUCACUCUACAGGUGCGCAAUGCGCUCAGCGUGCCGCUGGAUAAUUUCUGGGAGCUCAAUGCCGUGCAGGACGGCAUCGCGCGGGAGCGCGACCAGGUGGAAGGCUUCCCGCUGCGGCAGAUGCGCACAGUGCGGGUGACGCCGGUGACGACUCUGGCAGGUGCGGUGGACAACUCCGUGACCGCGCUGCUGCGCACCACGCGGCCUGUGCCUCCCGGGGCCAUGGUGACGGUGGUGGCGCCCCUGGGCUUCAUCUUCGACACCUCUGAGGUGUCCAGCUCCUUCCAGCGAGACCAGGCCCCCGUGAUUCUGCAGGACCUCCUCACCGCGCAGCUGCCCUCCGGUGCGGCCAUCCGCUUCCACGUCAGUCAGCAGGAUUACGUGGCUCCAAACACUUUCUUCUACGUCAGCGCACGCAUUCGCAACCCUGCAGCAACACCUGCGUCGAAUUAUUGGUACUUCUAUGUGCAGACUCAGUUUAUGGAGCACAUCGACCUACGGAAGUUCCUUCCUGGCUUUGUGAUCUCCUACCGGAUGCCAUUCUUUCAGGUCUAUCCCAACAGCCUGCCCUGGAACCUUGGCACCGCCAACGACAUUUCGCUGCUUUUUGUGACCAGCUACACCAUCUUUUCCCAGGUCUCCCAAGGGGCGGGCUGGCAGCUUCUGCUGGUGGCACCCCAGGGCUUCACAGUGACCACGAAGGGAAGCUUCUCGGAAGCGUGCUCAGGCUUCCAGCGCUGGGGCGGCAAGGAGUCCUACGACCAGCUGCCGGACGUGGACAAUUUGCUCACCUGCCGCGUGGCCAACGCCCGCACAGCGGUUCUCGACGUGCCCCCGACCUGGGUCAACGAGACCAGAUACUCCUUCAGGUUGAAUGUGACGGUGGCAGAUCGGCAGGACGACGUCGCGCUGCAGCAGCCCUGGACGCUGACGGUGCUGAGUGGCGGGCAGAUCCUGCACGUGGGGGAGAGCCCCAGCCCGCUGCUGGGGGUCUACUACGAAGCACGGUGGUUCUGGGCACCAGGAUCUUGACCUGAGACUCGCUUCUCGGCGAUCCGACGAUCCGGAGAAGCGACACACGAAGGCCACCCUAUGCGACGAAGGGCGAUUCGCGGUCAGCACGUCCGACGUGACCAACAAGGAGGCACCUCAGAUCGAGCAGAUGGCGCAGCUCGCAUCUCCGAACAUCUCCGACUGCAACUGCGGGUUUCCUGAGCGAAGGGUGUGGACAAGUACCCCCUACUGCAAAACCUCACUUUUUUCAGGGUAUCAUGUCGGCCCUCUACCAAAAAAGCAGGUUCUUUUUACCAUGGAAAACCCGGUUUUCCCAAAAAUACCCUGAAAAAAGCGGGUGUUUUGAGUAGGGGGUAUGGGAAGUUUGCCCACCAAACUCCAACGGAGCAGUUUGGUCGCUGUGCACAGCCCCCAUGGAGAUCGCCUUCGGCAGUGCCCGCGUGGUUGCCGGAUGGAGCGCGAAAAGGCCGCGGCCCGGGAGAAACCAGAUUUUCAGAGAGGAGAAAAGGGGAUUUCGCCGUUCUUGGUGCUGUUGGCUCUUCUUUUCUUUGCUUCGAAAGGGG